AUGCCGGUAACGAUGCUAGUACAGCCGUUCAACACGCCGCGCGUGACGCUGCGCGUCAGCGGCACAAAGAUUGUCGAAGAAAAUGAUAAAGAGAUAUACUCCUCAAGGGGGGCUGGCAUGAACGGCAUGCUGAACAUGGAGCACUUCAUCACCGGCUACACCGGCCACGAGCAUGAGCACCGAGCGACCAUGACGGAGGUCCUCGGCAAGGAGAAUGCCGACUCCUUCUUUACCUGUCUCAUCCACCACUUCUUCACAGAGUAUAACGCCGUGCUGUACGCCUCACUGGGCCCCAAUUGUGUGUGGGUUCCUUUCAACUACCGCCAUUUCAUGGACAUCGACAAUACCAGCGUGAUCAAGAAGUCUGGCUAUGAGCCCCUCGACCGCAUCGUCCAUAUCUACGCCAAGCAGAACAUCUACGCCAUCCUUGACCUACACGUCAUACUCGACAGCAGGAACCAGGGCUGGAACUGCAACUCAGACAUUAGCAGGGAAGCGCUUGCCUGCCACUACGUCGGCAACAAGGUCGUCGCCAGAUACAACCCGCUUAAUGAGCCAGCGGACCCUGAGAAUAUUCGCCUAAUUGCCUGGCUCCAGCACAGCCUCCUGCGCAAGGAAGAGUUCAUGCAAAAGGCUGGCGUGCCUGUCUCGAACAGCAAACAAGGCUUAAUUUACCGGGAUUCAAGGACAGACCUGAACGCGGCGGCAACCAACGAGAAGCGCUUCGCCCUUCUCAAGGAGCAGCUAGCUAUCUACUGCGAGAUUGGCGGUGGUGGCGGCAGCGGUGGCAUCUCGUGGAGCAUUUGGCUGUACAAUGACAUCGGCUACCAGGGCAUGGUCUACCUGGACCUGGAGAUCGCCUGCAUACGGCUGGUCCGGCCGUUCGUUGAGAAGCAGCGGCGCCGACGGCGCCUUGUGCGUGCCCUUCAACGCGGAGCUCAAGGGAGCGGUGCCGGAGUACCUGCGGGGGAGCAGGGAUUUGUGUUCCUCGGGGCUGGUGUGUAG